AUGAGAUCAGAAAGCGCACCGAGUUGUUCAACCAAAAUGCUCUCAUUUCUUUGGAGUGAUGCAACCAACAGACACAAUCGUAAACUAUUUCACAAUUGCACACGUUUAGUGCAUACAUGUGGAGAAGAUCCAGCAGUGCGCUUUGCAAUGAUUGAGACUGUGGAAGAAACUGGACUUAUUGUCUUUUCUGCUACUUCUGCAUUAGUUCGUGAAAUCACAAAAUCCACUGGUGUGGAGCUACGCUAUUUUGGGAAUUAUCAUCUUGUUUUAGAAACAGGCCAUUUGGUGAACCAAGAGGAAGCAAGCAACUGUGAUGAGUUAAAUGAACUGAAAUGUGGAUGUGAGGGUGACGAAACAUUAAAAAAUUUCCCUCUAACUGAACUACAAUAUAACCAAUGUAUCCAAGUUGUGGAUGCUGUAGCCAGCUAUUUCACUGAAUGGCUUGAUGGAAUCUACAAUAUGAUGAUCCAAUGUAACUAA